AUGGAUCUGAACGAUGUCGUGCGAGCAGUGUGCGCUAUUCACGAUCCGUUGACGUCAAAUGAGCAUCGCCUGGAAUGCACGCAGAUAGUAGAGAACUUCAAAGAAGGUCCUGUGGAUUCAGUAUUAAAUGUAGCCUUUGAAGUCAUCUCUCAAAAUUCCCUGAUUUUGCGGUACACCGGAUGGACACUAAUUGAGGAUCUUAUCCGAUACAAGUGGAACUCAAUACCAACCAAUCUUCGCUUGGAACUUCGUAGCCGGGAAAUUGUUGAAUGUUGCGCGAGAUGUGUGGUGGCGAUGAUGGAACACGAAUGGCCUCAGAAUUGGCCGGAGUUGAACUCAGAACUUCAUAAGAUGACUUCUCGAGAAUCGCUUUAUUCUGCUCUUGUAUUCGCAAUCGAACGCCGACUGAUAGAAAACGUCGCUACAAUGGCUUCUAUCGGAAGUCAACGUCGCCGUAAAGAAAUGCAUAGUGCUAUGUUUGAAUGCACGAACGAUUUUCUUGUCUUGGCUCUGAAUAAGUUGGAGUCUUGUCAACUAGAUGAGAUGGGUACGCUUGCGGCAAAGAACAUCAUCGGCUGGCUGACUGAGUUGUGGAGCUGCACCUCCAAUGCGAUUUAUGAGGAGCAACUCACUCGAAUAGUCGAUAUUGUUACUCGAUAUUUGAACACUGCACAAAGAAAUAUCUACGAAUAUGCCGCACGUUGUUUAGCAACAUUAGCAUCUCGAAAGAGAGAGAAACACGAAAAUACGUCUCUGAUCCCGGCUUUCUUUCGAGAAGAAGUUCUUUUAACAAUUCUUACCACUAUAAGUCUUGCUGCAGGCGGAUCGCCAUCUAAUGAGCAGCACUACCAAUAUCUCAAAUCACUUUGUGAACUCCUCACAACACUAGGAAAUUUCUUGUCGAGAGUGUGGAAGCAGGAGUCGCCACCAGAUAACUUCGGAAUGUAUAUGUCUGCAAUAGUCGCAUUUUUCAAUCACGACUCUCUGGAGCACGAUCGCUUGCUUACAAUGCGUGACACCUUGGUAAUGUCGAUGACGAAAAUGACUGAUUAUGAUAUACUAAGCGAGAUGUUAUCAUUGCACUCCCCGUUCAUUUGUACUUAUGAAGGAGACUGGAAGAACCUUUCCACGUUCUUCUCACUUCUAAGGAAGGCACUAGUAGAAUCUGCUGGCAACAAAUCCUUUAAUAGACAUGCUACCAGUAUUAUUCUUCGCCUUGUUCAGAAUUUUCCUACUUAUUUUAAGGAACAGGUUACAGACGUGGUUUCCUUGUGUACCGAAGUCAGUGGUGUCGUUACAAACAUGCAAAUGGCUCAGCUGCUUCAGGUUUUGGCCGUAUUGUCGAACAUAGUCGACGAUGGAAAUCUUAGAGUCGAGUUGGUGCAGAUGGCUGCCGGGCCAGCUAUUGAAUAUGUUCAUAGUGUGGAAUGGUGUUUGAUGGAGCUGCAUCUCGAUCAUGCGAACGCUAUGCUUUAUCCGUUAUUUCGCGACAACAUCACUAAAAUCGUCGCUUCUGAGAGGCAACAAAUCUACUGUUCCAUUGGUGAGAACGUUGAAGUGAUCGGAGGAAGUACCACUGUAGACCUGUUUGUGGCAGGCGGUCUCUGGCCACAUCACUCACGUGCUUUGGCGAAAUCGACGAGAAGAUUGGGUGUGAUUGGUGGGGGGAUAUUCAGCCUCACAAUCAUCUCGUUAUUUGUGAGCAAAUUCCCUAGUGUUGCCUAUCCAAUGGAACAAAUGCCAAAUCUCUUGCACAGCAUUGUGACAAAUCUCCCAUCCAUUCCUGAAUUCAGGAUUCGUUCUUGGAUCAAAAAAGGCUGGAAAUCGAUAGUGUGUUGUUGUCCUACAGAAUACUGGUCUCUUUUAAAAGACUUUUUUGCGUCAGUUGUUGGUUUUAUGCAAACUCUGCUGCAGAGAAUGUGGGAUGAGGUUUAUAAGAUAGAUCACGAUUCUGAACUAUCUGAGGAACAAUUGUUCUUCGAGCACUUAACGUGUGUCAUUUCUCGCGAUUACAUCGGUUUUCUACGCGCAUGCUAUCUUGCGAAUGACGGUGAUGAUAGGAAGUCUCGUUCCAUGUCGCCACUUGGCGAGUGGUUGUUCGACAGUAACGUCGGGUUAUCUUCUGUUAUCAUGACGACGUUCGCUUGCCUUACGUUUCGCGACUCAAUGCUUGCUCUUAAAGCUGUCAGCCUUUGUACAGCACUGUCAGAGAAGUUGGUGGAUUGUUACGACGAUGAAGUUGGUGUACAUAUGCUAGUAUGUUCUAUCCGGUCACUGCAAGUACAUGGAGCAGAUGAGAUUGCUGGCACUCCACUAAUUGGACUGGUGUUUCAUAUUUACUUCGCUUUUCGUCCCUUUUCGGAAUCACUUCCUCAAGUUCUCUUGCAAGUUCCGGACGCAGAUGCCGAAAGUGUGGCGAAUUUCGAUAGCAAGAUCCGAGCAAUGAUAUCUGGUGAACAACUUGUUUUGGAAAAGAAGAAGAAAGAGAUGACCCGUAAGCUUCUGAAAGGCGUAAUUUCGCUUACCGUCAGCGAACAACACAAGAAACCAGUUUAUCUUCGCCCUCUUCCACCUAUCGAGAAAAGACGUCCUAUAGUAAAUGAACCCCAUGAUUUUGAAGACCUUGCUGUGUUUUUCGCCGAAGGGCGAGAGUAA